CUCUCACACACACUCUUUUUAUCUCCCUGUAGUAUUCUCUUUCCAAUAAUCACAAUUCACAAACCCACCAGAGUCAACAUCUCUACGCGAGAGGUUGCGAGGAACCCACCUCAUUUUUUGCACUUUCUUUGAGUGAGAGAUAGAGAAAGAGAGCAAAGUUCAAAGUGUUUGAUGACGAGAGAGAAAGGUCGGCACCAAAUACACAAGAAAAGAUAGCGUUUCUCUGUUUAAGGGGUCCUUCGUUUGUGUGUUAUUGCUUCUGAUUUCUCUCUCUCUCUCUCUGGUGUAAUUCUGCUAUAACUACUUACUGGCAGGGAUGGUCACAAGUCCCUCUCACAGUGAAACUUUUUUCAUCAAAAAAGCCAAGGCGACAGUAGCAGUAAGUAGCAGUGAUAUGGAGUAGAAGCUCAAUAGCCUGCCCCCUUCUUUCGAUCGCUCUUUGUCUCAGAAUUUAAUAGAAGUAAUUGCAUAUAUAAAGUCAUACCCUUUGUUCAAGAUCCUUUUUUUUUUUACCUAUCUCUGUGUGGGUUCUGUAUGAGUCGUUGAAAAUCUUCUUCUGCUGGAAGAAUUACAGAGACCCCACCUUUUCUUAGAUUUUUCAAGAUUUAGAAAGAAUCCGUCUUGUGGUUGACAGAGACAUAAUUUUGCAUCUGUAUAUUUAGUUGUAUGUAUGGAUUGUGUAAUAUUGUCAGUAUUUUGAGUAGGACUUCAAGAAUUUGCAGUUGUGGCUACUACUAGGAGGCUACAGUCAGAUUCUGGGGCCAUUGCGGACUGGGUGGCUUCAUCGUCAUCCGCGGGGGACCUUUCUUUGGGAUUCAAUGCCGGACCCACCGCCGGUGAUAACACAAACAUCACCGGGACCGGUGCCGGUUCUGGUGGAGGAAUGUGGCCCUCAUCUGCUACCACAAGGCAUGUUAACUACGGCCUACCUCCGGAAUUCUUUGUCGUUACGCCUGCUUCUUCUUUCCAUCAUAAUACUCAGCACCACCACCACCACCAGGAGGCUGCCACUGCCACCACCAUCAACUUUGAUUCUCAUGGCAUUAAUUCAUCUAACGCGGCGGCCGCCAUCGGCGUUGGUGUGAUUCCUCUCCUCACGGCGGCCCCUUGUCUAAAUAUGGGUUCUACAGAUGAGGACUUAUUGAGUAAUACACGAAAUCGCAGUGGAAGUGGGAUGCAACUGUGGCAAAAUCAGCAGGUACAAAACACUUCAUCUUAUUCGAAGAAACCUAUGAUUCAAGAUCAUAGUAUUCUACUUCAGACCGGUAGCGGAGGAAGUAGCUGCGGUGGCGGCAAUGGAAUUGGAGGUUCUUCGUCCGGAGCAAUCACAUGUCAAGACUGUGGAAAUCAAGCCAAAAAAGAUUGUAGCCGGCGAAGGUGUAGGACUUGUUGUAGAAGUAGAGGUUAUGACUGUGCUACACAUUUGAAAAGCACUUGGGUUCCUGCUGCACGCCGUCGUGAACGGCUGGCUAUGGCUGCUACUGCCGCCACCGCAGGGUCUUCUCAGUCCACUUCUGGCGCCAAAAAACCUCGACUCGGCACUUCUUUAACAACUACAGCUUCUCAUACUUCAACUUCUAACAACACCCCUCCUAGAAGCUUUGACACCAGUUCUAGCCACCAAGGUGCAAGCUUUAAAGAGCCACUUCCAGGCCAAGUUCGAGCCCAAGCAGUGUUCAAGUGUGUUAAAGUGACUGCAGUUGAUGAUGGGGACGACGAGUAUGCAUAUCAAGCUGUAGUGAGAAUUGGAGGCCAUGUUUUCAAAGGAUUUUUAUACGAUCAAGGAGUCGAACAAAAAGACGGGUUUCCCAACAUAUCAGACUUGCAUUUAGGUGGUAGCAGUAGUGGGGCUGGAGGAGGUGCCGGCGGCGAGGGAAGAAAUGUGGCUUCCUCUUCGUCCCCAGUUCUUGAUACCCCUGAUGCUUAUGCCCAAGGCGGCGGAUUACUAGGAGGAUCAAAUUACGGUAUUCCAAUAAAUUGAUUUAAGAAAAUUUUCAAUCUUUAGGGGUCUCAAAGCAGUGGAUGCGAAGACUCAAAGAAGAAAUUCCACUGUAAUUCUAAUCUUUUCAUAACUGUUAGUAAUAGGUUCUUGAUUAUUCUUCUUGUAGACUUUUAAUUAUUAUUAACACCUUCCUUUCACUUUCAGUUUCA